AUGUCGACCCCUUGUGACGAACGCCACUCGAUGUCCAACGGGUUCUCCGUAUUCCCCGUUAUCGCAUUUGAAGACCAGCAUGCGGCAGUGGACGCAUCCCAGCCCACCACCCCUGGCUACGCUGCUGUGGGCAGCCCAGACUACGCAUACAUCGAGUGGGACGUGUCUCAACAGGGCCCCCCUACUACUCUCUCGACAAGCUUACCCAAUACGCCAGAACCGUGCAUGCUAGUUCAGACGGAUGGCGCCAUAUCACAGAAGACCCCAUGGUUGCCAGAGGCUAGCACAUCCUCCAGUGGCAACGCCACCUUCCGCACCAAGCGACAACAAAAGCCGGUAUGCAAAGGCAAGGCUAAGCGUGAUCCGAGCUAUGUUCCGCGUCCCUCGAAUUGCUUCAUCCUUUUCAAGAACGACUACCUUGAUCGGAUGCGCGAAUCAGGGUGCAAAAUACAUAUGCAAAGCGUCGUCAAAGUAAUCGGUGCUAAGUGGCGCGCCUUGCCUCCGGAAGAAUCACAGUACUGGAAAGAUAGGGCGGAACAGGUUGAGAAGAAACAUAAGGUAGCGCAUCCUGGGUACGAGUACAAGCCGAUCCGCAAGCAAGGAAGGGGCUGUUCCAAAGACAAGCCUAGGACUGGUGCUAAACCCACGGAGACAACGGAGCGACAGAGCAUGGAUAAGGAGAACAGGCCGCAAGGGAGGGAGGUCUCGGAAGAUAAGUCAAUGGUAGCAUCGACCUGUAAUGAGGAUGGUCUCACCGUGGAACAUACCCAACUACACUGGUCUCAACAUCGUUCCCCCGUACCGUCUCUACCAUCAGCACAAAAAUACGUCGAUGCAGAGAAUGACUGGACCUCAAACCAACAGUUCCUCCCAUACAUUCACCCACUUCCUGUCUCAAGCGCGCUGCCAGUAUACCAGUCAUCAGGACCUCAAUACGUUGCAACACCUCAAUGCCAGCCCGCCCAGCCCAGCGACGUCGCGUCCUCCUAUGUGGCAUGUUCAUUGCCUUAUCAUUUGAAUCCAAAUCGUGACCAAUAUCAGACUCUGCAGCCAACGAACGGCUAUCAAUUCAGGGCUCCCAUACCGAUUCAGGCGUUCAACGGGGAUCCGCGUCUUGUCUCUGCGUCGUCCUCACCGAGCGCAUACGCAUUCACACCGAACCUUACAUUGUUUCCUCAACGAACAAUGAACACAGACUCCACGCAGUCCACACUGCCAGUGCCGCAUGCGAUCCCGACGCACAGCAGCUCUCUUUCACCGAGCUCGUCUUACACAUCGACAGGUGCAUUUCCACAAAUGGUGCCUCCAGACCUAUCUAGGACACAGCCGUUAACGGAGGAACUGGCUUGGACACUCGCCGCGCUUGAAACGCAAGGUUCGUACGGCACACAGCAAGGAGAUUGGCUUGACAUGCGCUCAUCGCGGACGCUCGCAACACACCGCACCCAACCCACGCUAUCUGAGGUGCCAUCUCAAAGUGGAAGCUGGCUUCCCGGCAUGUCCCCUGAUCUUGACCAAUCGCUUGGGUUCCAAUGA